UCGACUCAUGUUCUUUGGAUGAACGCCACCCACCUUCGCAUGCGUUCCGAUAAGAGAGAAUGGGGCUGCGAGGCCCCGCUCCUGCGUCUGAAUCCCUUUCUCCGCUCCGUUACUGAUCGGCCUGCGUGUGGUAGGCUCGUCGGAGACGAGAUCAAGAGCCGUUUCGUUCGCGGAAGCACCGAUCUGAGGAUUGUUGAAAUGAUUUGAAUAAGUGCAAUGACCGGUUGAUAAAAGAUGAAGCGGAUGCUAUCCCGAAAUUCUCAACCAUUGUGGUGGGACAGAUAUAUUAGCCCAAAAAACUCCAAAUGGCUUGCGCAAAAUCUUGAAAAGAUGGACCGGUGUGUCAAGAAGAUGCUGAAAUUGACUGAAGAGGAUGGUGAUUCAUUUGCAAAGAAAGCUGAAAUGUACUACGAGAAGCGCCCCCAGCUGAUAUCCAAUGUCGAGGAGUUCCACCGCAUGUAUCGUGCUCUGGCUGAGCGUUAUAGCCAAGUAACCAGUGAGCUCCGCAAGAGCAUUGAAUCAGAUCUAAAAUCUCAACGUUCAUGGAAUGGAUCUGAUUGUCUUACAGAUCCAUCUUCUCCUUCAUCUAUGCACAUUUCAGAGCUAACUCCUCAGUUAAAGCUUUCUCCCGAGCGAAAGGUGCUACAGCCCCAGCUCAUUCCAAGGGCUGCUGGGUUUGAUUUCUUCCUUCCAUCUAGAUGCAGUCAUGGUCUUUCUAGGAAGAACAGUUAUGGUUCCUUUACAUACACAGAAUCUGAUUCUGAGCCAGAGCUUGAAGAGAUCAAUGAAGAAAGUGAAGAUGACUUUUCCUUUAGCCGGCAACGGAGGAUUCACGAUCUAAAAUAUAAGCUUCAGAAGGCAAGGGAGAAGCGUAAAAUCCAAGAACACAACAGCCAGCAUCAUGACUCCAGCCUUAAAAUUGCAUCCUUGGAGAAAGAUCUAUCUGCUGCAGAUGAGAAACUUCACUCUGCAGAAACUGAUAUCUGGAAUCUCAAAAAUAAGCUUGGGAUCGCUAAUGCUUCUUUAGACAUUAAGAUCACAGAAUUAAAUUUGGAAAAGGAGAAGGUUUUCAACUUGGAGGAAAAUAUUAUGGAGCUGCAAGAAGAAAUCUUUGGCCUUUCGCAUGAAACUGUGAUUCUAAAGGGUGCAACAAAGUCUGCUGCUAGGCAACUCAACUCUGAGCUAUUGUAUCAUGAAUCCUUUGUUGAAGAACUCAAAAGUAAACUAAAUUUUGCUGAAGUAAAGUUUAUCCAUGAGAAGUCCAGCCUUGAAGCUUCAAUUGCAGACUUGGAAGGUGUUAACAAAGGAUUAAAAACAGAAGUAGAAAAGGCGUCACACGAAAAAUUGUUACUCAAACUCUGCAUUUCUGAGCUGGAGCAUAUGAUUCAUGAGCUGAAAGACUCAAACACUGAUUCUGUUGACAGAACUUUGCAGGAGAAGUCAGCAUCCAAUUCACUCCUUGGAGCUAGGCUUGCCGCGUUAUAUAACGAAAUGAGGCAGCUUGUAGCUGACAAAAUUUGUGAAUGCAAUGAGAAACAAAAGUUAAUUGCUACAUUAAAUGGAAAUCUAGAUGCUCUAAACCUGAAAGUCGCCAUUCUGACAACCGAGAAACAAGAGCUCGCUUCCAAGAUACAUUCCCUUCUCAAUGACCAGCUACUGCAGAUGAAGCAGCAACUGCAUCAGUUGCACUUGGAACGUGCAAAGCUGUUCAUGGAGAUCCAAACAAGCAAUCAAACUAUUUCAGAUUUGCAAUCAAGAGUAAAAGAGCUUGAGGAAGAGGUAGCGACGCAGAAGCUGACAAUUUUAGAUGGUGAGGAGCGAAAAAGGGAGGCAAUAAGGCAGCUUUGCAUCUCACUAGAGCAUUACUGCGACAGGUAUCAUCAACUCAGGCAUUUGUUGCUAGGUGAUCAUCUUGGUUAAGAUCAAUUUUUUUCUUCUUUUUGUUGGUAAGAGGAAUGCAAACCUUGGUAUUUCAGAGUUUGGUAUAGAAGUUGUCAGUGCAAGUUUCUUGUCUUCUUAAUAUCAGUUUCUGUUCCAAUUUGUCGGUCAAAUUGGAGAAUUAAACUGUAUCUGCAUUUACAUAGAGAUAUAUCAUUGAAGAUGUAACAUGAUACUUAUACUUAGA